AUGGAAGCGAGCGUGCAACAAGGCAACUAUGUCCAAGUCUACGUCAUGCUCCCACUGGACGCGGUGAGCGUGAACAACAGGUUCGAGAAGGGUGACGAGCUCAGGCCGCAGCUGAAGAGGCUGGUAGACGCCGGUGUGGAUGGCGUCAUGGUAGACGUCUGGUGGGGCUUGGUGGAGGCCAAGGGCCCUAGGGUCUACGACUGGUCCGCCUACAAGCAGUUGUUCAAGCUGGUGCAUGAGGCUGGACUGAAGCUACAGGCCAUCAUGUCACUCCACCAGUGCGGUGGCAACGUCGGCGACGUCGUCAACAUCCCGAUCCCGCAGUGGGUGCGGGACGUCGGUGCGAGUGAUCCGGACAUUUUCUACACCGACCAGCACGGGACUAGGAACAUUGAGUACCUCACCCUUGGAGUUGAUGACCAGCCUCUCUUCCAUGGAAGAUCCGCCGUGCAGAUGUAUGCCGAUUACAUGGCAAGCUUCAGGGACAACAUGAAAGAGUUCUUGGAUGCCGGUGUUAUUGUAGACAUUGAAGUCGGACUUGGCCCAGCUGGAGAGUUGAGGUACCCAUCGUAUCCUCAGAGCCACGGAUGGUCAUUCCCAGGCAUCGGAGAAUUCAUCUGCUAUGAUAAGUACCUGCAAGCAGACUUCAAAGCAGCAGCAGCGAUGGUUGGCCAUCCUGAGUGGGAAUUUCCUCACGAUUCCGGAACGUACAAUGACACUCCUGAGAGAACUCGAUUCUUCGUGGACAACGGAACAUACCUCACUGAGCAGGGGAGGUUUUUCCUUGCAUGGUACUCCAAUAAUCUGAUCAAGCACGGUGACAAGAUCUUGGAUGAAGCAAACAAGGUCUUCUUGGGACACAGAGUGCAACUGGCAAUCAAAAUCUCCGGCAUUCACUGGUGGUACAAGGCUCCAAGCCAUGCGGCCGAGCUCACAGCUGGGUACUACAACUUACAUGACAGAGACGGCUACAGACCCAUAGCACGCAUGCUCAAAAGGCACCAUGCUAGCCUUAACUUCACUUGCGCCGAGAUGAGGGACUCGGAGCAAAGCUCGCAGGCGAGGAGCGCACCAGAAGAACUAGUCCAACAGGUGUUGAGUGCUGGUUGGAGAGAGGGCCUAAAUGUGGCAUGCGAAAACGCACUUCCUCGAUAUGAUCCAACUGCUUACAACACCAUACUCAGGAAUGCGAGGCCUCAUGGCAUCAACAAGAGCGGCCCUCCUGAGCACAAGCUGUUUGGAUUCACCUACCUUCGGUUAUCGAAUCAGCUGGUAGAGGGACAAAACUAUGUCAAUUUCAAGACCUUUGUCGACAGAAUGCAUGCCAACCUGCCUCAUGACCCAUGUGUUGAUCCAGUGGCGCCUUUGCAAAGAUCAGGGCCAGAACUGACGAUUGAAAUGAUCCUACAAGCAGCUCAGCCAAAACUAGAGCCAUUCCCCUUUGAAGAGCACACCGACCUGCCGGUUCAAGGCCUCGGUGGCAUCGGUGGUGGGGAGGUUGAAGGCCCCACUGGUGGCAUGGGUGGGGAGGUUCAAGACCCCACUGGUGGCAUGGGUGGGGAGCUCCCGGCCACCAUGCCCGCGUGGGACGUCACUCCGGACGAGUACUUUCCGAUGAGGUGUUGCAGCACAUCCUUCGGCAUGGCGGAGUAG